UUUUGAAGACAAAAUUUUCAUACCCCUCCAUCAGGACCAUCACUAUAAAAAGGCACACACAACCAUGAACUCAAACACACAACAACAAAAACCACAAACACACAAACAAAAAAAAACACCAUGACAAGGAAGAAGGUGAAACUUGCUUUCAUUCUCAAUAACGCCUCGAGAAAAGCAACCUACAAGAAGAGGAAGAAAGGCUUGCUCAAAAAAGUGCAUGAGUUAUCCACUCUAUGUGGGAUUCCCGCUGGGGCUAUCAUUUACAGUCCCUACGAUCCUACCCCUGAGGUGUGGCCUGAUGCUGAUGGCAUCCAGCAAGUGAUUGCUGCUUUCCGGAGCUUGCCGGAACUAGAACGGCACAAGAACAUGGUCAAUCAAGAGGAGUACCUCAAACAGAGGAUAGAGAAAGCCGGAAAAAUUCUGAAGAAGCAGACGAGGGACAACCGUGAGGUUCACUUCACCGAAGUCAUGUAUCAAUGUCUCAUGGGGAACAUGGGAGUGGCGGGUGCUAGAGCCAUGGAUCUUAACGAUCUAGGCUUUCUUAUUGACCAGUAUCUUAAUUGUCUUGAUCGCAGGAUUGAGACUUUACUAGGCUCGUCAAACAUGGAGAUUGGUGAAUCCUCCAAUGCUGUUGCUGCUAUGGAUCAGGAUCCUUCUGAGCCGGCUGGAACGUUGCCCCUCGUGGAAGGUGCAACCGCUCCAGCCCCUGCUGUCAAUGGGGUGGGUUCUUCUUCCUCCUCUGCUGCUGCUGGUGGUGGUGCAUCUUUCAAUCAAAUGUACCCGUUUCCUCAGAAUCAGCAGAUGUUUUAUCAACCAUCUGCUCCAUUUGCUGGAUACUACGAGCAACCUCCUAGACAGAACCAGUUUAUGGAGAUGAUGAACCGUCCUGAGCACAUGCAGGCUUAUGCUGCUAACCAAAUGGGGUUCCCAUUUAUGGAAAAUGCCCAUCACUACCGUCAGCCUAACCAGCCUCAGCCGCAGCAGUUCUUCCCAGGUGAGUCCUCCGCUGCUCCGCAGCGUCCGUUCUUCCCAGGUGAAUCCUCCGCUCCUCCACCACCCGGCACCUCAGGCAGUGAGCCACCUGCUACAGCUCCAUAUCCUCCCAAUAAUAUUUGGUUUCGUUAAGGUUUGGAGCGACGACGUUCACGUUAUGAUGAGACGACAAAGCUAUGAUUACUCUCACGUGUUUUCUUUGUGUUGCCGUUUUAUUUGAUGUUAAACGUUAUUGCAUUU